UGCAUCAGUCUCCUGCUCUCUGUUAGAGACAAAGCAAAUGGUGCUACUGCGCGUAACAAUGCUGUAAGGGAGGACAGUCCCAGACAUCUUUGUACUAGUCUUCCUGCAGUUUGGAAAAAUGCCAGCUUGGCAAGCAGGAAGAACAAAAGGACAAGACUGAAAAUAUCUAGUCUGAGGCAGUCGUACUGUCACCACGCAGCAGGUUUGGACAGCAGCAAAAUGAGACAGGCAGCUCUGCCCAGUUUUCUUCAUGGUUUACUCAUACAAAUCACUGCUUGAAAAACUUCCAGUACAAAGUUAUCAAAAGACUUAAAAAUGCCUCCACGACCAUCGUCCGGUGAACUAUGGGGCAUCCACUUGAUGCCACCGAGGAUCCUUGUGGAGUGUCUUCUCCCAAAUGGAAUGAUAGUGACUCUAGAAUGCCUCCGUGAGGCCACGUUACUAACUAUUAAACACGAACUCUUUAAAGAAGCGAGAAAAUACCCUCUCUAUCAGCUCCUUCAAGAUGAAUCUUCUUACAUUUUUGUAAGUGUUACGCAAGAAGCAGAAAGAGAAGAGUUUUUCGAUGAAACACGGAGGCUUUGUGACCUGCGGCUAUUUCAACCUUUUCUAAAAGUCAUUGAACCAGUAGGUAACAGAGAAGAGAAGAUUCUUAACAGAGAAAUAGGUUUUGCUAUUGGCAUGCCCGUCUGUGAAUUUGACAUGGUUAAGGAUCCUGAAGUACAAGACUUCAGAAGAAAUAUUCUUAAUGUUUGUAAAGAAGCAGUGGAUCUUCGAGAUGCCAAUGCACCACACAGUAGAGCAUUGUACGUCUGUCCUCCAAAUGUAGAGUCUUCACCUGAACUACCCAAACACAUAUACAAUAAACUAGAUAAAGGGCAAAUUAUAGUUGUGAUCUGGGUAAUAGUCUCACCAAACAAUGAUAAGCAGAAAUACACCUUAAAAAUCAAUCAUGACUGUGUGCCUGAGCAAGUUAUUGCUGAAGCAAUUAGGAAGAAAACACGAAGUAUGUUGUUGUCGUCCGAACAACUGAAGCUUUGCGUGUUGGAGUACCAGGGCAAGUAUAUUUUAAAGGUGUGCGGCUGUGAUGAAUACUUGCUAGAAAAAUAUCCGCUGAGCCAGUAUAAGUACAUAAGAAGUUGUAUAAUGCUUGGUCGCAUGCCCAAUCUGAUGCUGAUGGCUAAAGAAAGCCUAUAUACUCAGUUGCCACUGGAUACCUUUACAAUGCCAUCUUAUUCCAGGCGUAUCUCUACAGCUACACCCUACAUGAAUGGAGAAGCUACAGCUAAAUCCCUGUGGACUAUAAAUAGUGCUCUCAGAAUAAGAAUUCUCUGUGCAACCUAUGUAAAUGUGAACAUUAGAGACAUUGACAAAAUAUAUGUUCGAACAGGUAUCUACCAUGGAGGGGAACCUUUGUGCGACAAUGUGAAUACUCAGAGGGUACCUUGUUCUAAUCCCAGAUGGAAUGAGUGGUUGCUGUAUGACAUGUACAUUCCCGAUCUUCCACGUGCUGCUCGGCUCUGCCUUUCUAUCUGUUCUGUUAAAGGCCGGAAGGGUGCUAAAGAGGAGCACUGUCCAUUGGCUUGGGGAAAUAUAAACAUGUUUGAUUACACAGACACUCUUGUAUCUGGGAAAAUGGCUUUGAAUCUUUGGGCAGUACCUCAUGGACUGGAAGAUUUGUUGAAUCCUAUUGGUGUUACUGGAUCAAAUCCGAAUAAGGAAACUCCAUGUUUAGAGCUGGAAUUCGAUUGGUUUAGCAAUCCUGUUAAGUUUCCAGAUAUGACAGUGAUUGAAGAACAUGCCAAUUGGACUAUCUCACGUGAACUGGGGUUCAACUACAGCUAUGCGGGGCUGAGUAACAGAAUAGCUAGAGAUAACGAAUUAAGAGAAAGUGACAAGGAGCAGCUGCGAGCCAUAUGUACGCGGGAUCCUUUGUCUGAAAUCACUGAGCAAGAGAAGGACUUCCUUUGGAGCCACAGGCACUAUUGUGUAAAUACACCAGAAAUUCUGCCCAAAUUACUUUUGUCUGUUAAAUGGAAUUCUAGAGAUGAAGUAGCUCAGAUGUACUGUUUGGUAAAAGACUGGCCUCCGAUCAAGCCAGAGCAAGCAAUGGAGCUUUUGGAUUGUAAUUAUCCAGAUCCAAUGGUGCGAGCUUUCGCAGUUCGGUGUCUAGAGAAGUACUUGACAGAUGACAAACUGUCACAGUACUUAAUCCAGCUAGUACAGGUUCUGAAAUAUGAGCAGUAUUUAGAUAAUCAGCUUGUGAGAUUUUUACUCAAGAAAGCACUGACGAAUCAAAGGAUAGGACACUUCUUCUUUUGGCAUUUAAAGUCUGAAAUGCACAAUAAAACUGUAAGUCAGAGAUUUGGUUUACUUCUGGAGUCCUACUGUCGAGCGUGUGGAAUGUACCUGAAGCAUCUGAGCAGGCAGGUGGAGGCUAUGGAGAAGCUGAUUAACCUCACAGAUAUUCUCAAGCAGGAAAAGAAAGAUGAGACCCAGAAGGUGCAGAUGAAGUUUCUUGUUGAACAAAUGAGACGGCCAGAUUUUAUGGAUGCUUUGCAAGGCUUUAUCUCUCCUCUUAAUCCUGCUCAUCAGCUGGGAAAUCUUCGGCUUGAGGAGUGCAGGAUAAUGUCAUCUGCAAAAAGGCCCCUAUGGUUGAACUGGGAAAACCCAGAUAUUAUGUCUGAAUUGUUGUUUCAGAACAAUGAGAUAAUCUUUAAAAAUGGAGAUGACUUACGUCAGGACAUGCUGACACUACAGAUAAUUAGAAUUAUGGAAAACAUCUGGCAAAAUCAGGGUCUUGAUCUUCGGAUGUUGCCUUAUGGUUGUUUGUCUAUUGGUGACUGCGUGGGACUCAUUGAGGUAGUGAGAAGUUCUCAUACAAUCAUGCAGAUCCAGUGUAAAGGAGGCUUAAAGGGAGCAUUGCAGUUCAACAGCCAUACAUUGCAUCAGUGGCUCAAGGACAAGAACAAAGGAGAAAUGUAUGAUGCAGCUAUUGACUUGUUUACACGUUCUUGUGCUGGCUACUGUGUUGCUACCUUUAUACUGGGCAUUGGUGAUCGCCACAACAGUAACAUCAUGGUGAAAGAUGAUGGACAACUGUUUCACAUUGACUUUGGCCACUUCCUUGACCAUAAGAAGAAAAAAUUUGGUUAUAAAAGAGAGCGUGUGCCAUUUGUCUUAACACAAGACUUUUUAAUAGUGAUUAGUAAAGGAGCCCAAGAAUGCACCAAAACAAGAGAGUUUGAAAGGUUUCAGGAGAUGUGUUAUAAGGCUUAUCUAGCAAUUCGGCAGCAUGCCAAUCUGUUCAUAAAUCUCUUCUCCAUGAUGCUUGGCUCAGGAAUGCCAGAACUGCAGUCCUUUGAUGAUAUUGCUUACAUUCGAAAGACCCUUGCAUUGGACAAAACUGAGCAGGAAGCUCUUGAGUACUUCAUGAAGCAGAUGAAUGAUGCUCACCAUGGUGGCUGGACAACAAAAAUGGACUGGAUCUUCCACACAAUAAAGCAACAUGCUUUGAACUGAAAUGAAAGCAAAGAAAACAAGAACUGAACAACCCGCUUUGUGGGUACUGCACUGUUAAUACCCGUUAGCAGCAAAGACUGGUUGCAUAGGAAUUGCACAAACCAUGAACGACAUUAGAAUUUAUGGCAAAAAUAAGAGAUGAACUGUACAGACAACUGUUGAAAAAUAAUGUAAAACAGGGUUUCAGAUAGCACUAAAAUUGUACACUUCAAAACUUAAGCUUUAGUAUGAUGUGUGACUUCAUGUUAUGCCUUAAGCCCAAAAAGGUAAACUUGGAAGAAUGUUUCCUUUUUUCAUUUGAUAUGAUAAAUUAGAAGGAAAAAGAAGAUAGUGCUAGCAUGAAUAUAGAGUCCAUCACAUAUUACCUUAGAUCUGGUACAGCAGCUAGAGACUAUGCUGGACUGAAAAGCAUUGAAAGACAGUUCAAGCGAUGGUGGAUAUUUAAAUGCAGCAUAGUUUGAAGGGAAGGAGUUUAAGCUCAAAGAUCUAAAAAUAAUAGUGAGAGGACAGUGCCUUUUAAAAUGCGCUCAGAGGCAUUAACAUACAUGGGGUUUAGAUGAACCUUUGAUUUCUGGGUCUGUCAUCUGCACAGUUUCUGAAAGCAGUAGGAAAUAGGCCCAUUCAGUAUGGUGUUUCUUCUGCUCAGUAUUUCUAGGGGUGCAAUUCAUACCUUCAAAGAAACUCUUCUUAUCAUCCCCCAAAACUGACUAACCUGGAAAUUGAAUGGUCAGAAUUGGGUUUAGUGCAACAAAGAGUUGUAGUGUUCAUCUUAGGUUUGCUUUAAUCUAACUUGAACUCAAUAGAUUUUUUUCAUACAUGUUUUCCAGAACCUAAAGAAAGGUGAGUUAUUAAAAUUAUUGAAAGAUUAUUUUUUUAUAAAGGCUAUUUAUAUAAUAGGAACUAUUAUUAAUAUAUAUUCUUUAUUUACAUGAUUUGUCCAAUAUUCACUCUUUUAAUUUUGCAGCCCAGUUCUAUCUGUCCAAGACUCCCGUUUCCAUUAGUGUCACCGAAGGUGACCAGAUAUACUCCUAGGACCAAAUUCAACCCUGGUGAAAGAGGACACAAGUAGCAUUGAAGAAGUGGGGGAGACACCCACUAAUGCCAGAGGUGAACUUGGCCUUAUUCUCUUUAAAAAACAAAAACAAAACAAAAAAACAACACACAUUGGGGCAAUACUCUUCACAUUACUGAAGUGGUAUGCUGGCUAUUCAAGGAACGUAUGUUUAAACCCUCAACCUUUGGGUCCACCAUUUCUCCUCUUUCUUCCUCCUCUGGAAGUGGUUGUUUAAUCCAGUAACUGAUACAUCAGAAAUAGCUGUUUAGAUUUUCAAUAUGAUCAACAAUAAGCAGUUCAACAUACAGCAGAUACAUUUGGCUAGCUCAAAGCAUGUGGAGUUACCAAACAUUUUAUAGCUUUGUCUGUUUUGUGUGUGUGUAAUAUAUAUUUGUAAAUCUAGUUGUUGUCCUCCGACACAAUUGUGUGCAAUCAAUUAAAUUGGCACCACUUUUUGAAACUGUUCAGAGAACCAAGGAUGUCAGAUUGCCCUUAUGCACAACUUCAGGUAGGACCGUUUUUCUAACUACUAAACAGGUUUUUUAAUUAGUGAAACACAUGAUUCUGAGGGUGCUGUUCACCCUAACAUUUUAAACUCGCUAGAUUGGCAGCACUUGGAGUGAAUUCCAAAGGUCUGGGGGCUUUCGGGGGUUCAACUCGUUCACUUGCAAACACACACCGAGGUGCCACUCAAAAAGUGCAAUACCACAUGUAAUAUAAAAUAUGCUGACAGCUGGUGUUAGAUUAGAAUAUAAGUAUAUAAAUAAACUGUACUUUGUGCAGGCUGUACUGAUGAGGUAAUGAGUGGUUGGCUUCAUUUAGCAAAUUGUAAUAUAUUAAAAAUGUGCAAUCGAUUACAUUAUGGAAGACUUUGGGGAUUGUAAAGACAAGACUUAGGUCUUUCAAGACACUUUCAUAGUCAAGCUCUUGCAGUUAAUUACUGUACACAUAGAUACUUGACAAUGUUGUGGGGGGAAACCUGUUUUUGUGAAAACUAUAGAAGUUCCACGAAUAGUAGGGGGAAUGUGAAGUUUUAUUUCCUUAGUUUUACUAAACAUUUUGGAAUAGUCCAACAGACUUCCCGUUAUUCUUUAUUGACUGUUACAUAUUCCUUUUUGCUCACAUGAAUAUUUUCACUCCUGCUAACCUUGGUCGUGCUUUCUAGAGCAAAAGUAACCUUUGUACAUACCACUUUGCAGUCAACGCUAAUGGUGUAGCUCUUUGAAAACACAUCUUUGUUUCAAUGAGUGUAAAUCAUUUAGUUCACAAAAUCUGAAACCCUGUUGGCUGUAACUCUUAAUUUAAUAGAGUAAACUCGUUGCACAAAUGCCACAUUAGGUGCUAUAUUAUCCUUAUUUAUCUAUUAUUGAAACAAUGUUUUACCUUCUUUAUAUAAGAGAUGGUUGGACUUCUCCAGUCUGGAUGAAAAGAUCAACUCAAAUUUAUUGCAUCCUAUGAGCCCAACUUCUUUUGUACUUUACCCCUUCCUAGCCAUUUACUUCUGUAAAUAUGGGUAUACUUGUCUUUCAGUUCAAGCAUACAGUGUUCUGCACCCUUUUUGCACAAACAGAAAGGUAUGAGGAAUCAGGCUGUGUUUCUAAAAGUUCUUGCAACUAAAUGCUGUGCACAAGCUGUAGAAUUUCAUAUAGACAUCAAAUAAUAAAAGAAAGGAAACUCCGUAGUGAUAUAGACAUAAUAUGAUUUGGGGUAAUUAUAGUUUAAAAAAAAAACGUAGGGGAAGAUCAUGGGUUUUAAGCUAUUGUUCCUACCACAAUCAGGGUGGGCAUUUGGAAAACAUUCUGCCAGUGUUUGGGGG